AUAGAUCAGCGACAAACAAAGACGGUGAUGAACCUGAUAAGUAGGCCUCGCUUGGAUGCGAUCCUCUCUACUUUCGUUACGGUGCACCCUCACGAGACCUCCGUGUUGCUCCACUCCUCCUCCUGCUUCUUCUUCAUCUUGAGCGCGUAUUUCGUAGUGCUUCCAUUGCGGGAUGAGGGUGCCAUCUCUUUGGGCCUAUCGAACCUACCGGGCCUCUUUGUGGGUUCCUUGGUGCUAACUUUGAUUGCUGCGCCUCUUUCCACCGUCAUUUUCUCUUUGCCUCACCUUUCCAAAGGCAAGGCUUUGGUUUUGAUACACAGGUUUUUUAGUGUAUCACUUGUUGUGUUCUUCAUUCUAUGGCUUUCCUCAUCGGCUGGAUAUUCAGCUUCCGCAUUAAAGGGUUCAAUGGCUACAUCCUCCACUUCAAAAGAGGAUCGAAAGGUUGAUGUUAACCAAGCCAAUUCUACAUGUCCUGUAGAUUGGGAUAACCACGGAUGGUGUUAUAUGUUAGUGAGGAUUGGAUUCUUCCUUUGGGUUGCUCUGCUUAAUUUAAUUACAAUUUCUUCAACUUGGGCAAGAGUAAUUGAUGUGAUGGACAGUGAGUCAGGUUCAAGAUUGUUUGGGUUCAUUGGUGCUGGUGCCACACUUGGCCAGCUUUUUGGGUCAUUGUUUGCCACAGGAAUGGCUCGUUUGGGGCCAUUUCUACUUUUAUUUGCUGCUUUGUUAAUGGAAUUUGCUGCACAGUCAUCAAAAGGGAUAAACCAGGAUGUGACCCAUGACUCCAGUCUUCCUGAGGAAUUAUCUCCCAUCAGAGAAACUGAUCCUGAUCAACAAAGUGAGUCUGAUGGGCAGACUGCAAGUACUCUCAAAAGUUGUUCUCCCAAGUCGUCUACUUCCAAGGCAAAGCCUCAUCUUUGGGUUGUCUUAGAUGGAUUCCGACUUAUAUUGUCAUCAACUUAUUUGUUGUACGUGUCUUUGUUCCUGUGGCUCAGUGCAAUUGUCUCUUCAUUCUUCUAUUUUCAGAAAGUGACUGUAAUUGCCGCAACUGUUACAAGCUCUGUUGGCAGAAGAAGAUUGUUUGCCCAGAUAAAUAGCUUCAUUGCUGUUUUUAUCCUUGCUGGACAACUUACCUUGACGGGGCGAAUUCUUACUGUUGCUGGGGUUACUACAGCUAUUUGCUCUGCUCCAUUUGUGGCCUUCUCGAAUUUGGUUGCUAUUGCUGUUUGGCCAACAUGGGUAGUCGUUGCUGUUUCUGAGACCUUGCGAAAGGUUGUUACUUAUGUUGUGACCAGGCCUGGAAGAGAACUCCUAUUUACUGUUGUCUCACAGGAUGAGAAAUACAAAGCUAAGGCAUGACUCCCUUUUCUCCGGAAUUUAUUUUUGCACAGAAAUGCAGUUGCAGCUGGUUAUGAAUGUUCAAAUUUCGAACUCUUGAAAUUAAUUUUGGAAUUACCUCAAGUUGAGAUUAGACUUUUUUUUUUCUUCUAUUGAAUAUGGGGAGAGGGGAAAAUGAAUACCGAUGAGGAUCUUUUCCACUCUUGAUCCUUAAAGAAGAAAUAAAAACAUAAUAAGUGGGAAUGCUUUCAAACACUAGGUGGGGAAUGGCCUAUUUUGCAACUAAGUGUGCACAGGAGUUGAGAUAAGACUUUGAUCUUAAGCAAUAUAUAUACAAGCAUGUGCAUGCACUCACACAGAAUGUUUCAUUGGUUGUUUUCUACUGCAAUAUUUAGGUACUACACAGAAAUAAGGUUAAUCCCAAAACUUAUGAAAAAAAUUCUCUGAUAGUUCAUGCUACUGCAGGUAUGCAUAGAUGUGUUCAUUCAAAGACUUGGAGAUGCUACAGCAGCAGGAAUGUACACGCUACUUUUCAGCACUCUCAAUGGCAGAAUAUCCACUGUCUCAAUCUAUGCCCUACCCGUCUGUUUAUUGUGGAUAGUCACAGCUUUCCAUUUAGGACGCCUCCAAGCACAGCUUUCCAAGCACCAGACAGCCUCGACUUCCUAAAUUUUGUAAAGAUAAAACGACCACAUAAAGCUGCCCUGAAAUGUCUUCCCCUGUGGCCGAGAGGGGAGCUUCAGAGCUCAUGACGAGAACCUAAGGGAAAGAGAAAGGGGGAGGAAGGAAACAGAGUUGCUGAUUUGCACCAUCUAACCCACUCUAUUGAUGGAUCGACUUCUGUUUUUUUCUUUUUCUUUUUGUAAGUCGACUUGUGCUUUAAUACAACGAAAUUUUGUCAAAAAAUAAAACCGGUGAUUGGGGGAUA